AUGAAUGAAGCUAAUGAAAAAAAUGAACCAAGAAUGGCGAGAAUCCGGGAAAAUAUUCUUGGUGCGUUAGGGCCAUUUGAUGUUAUGGCAGAUAUUAUUGUUGGUUCGCAACAUGGUCCGGUUAAUUCAGGGUUAUUUGGUGUUUCACCACAUUCAUUAUCUCUUGCACCGAGAAAUAUACGCUCUAAUUUAUCGGAUUUAACUACUUCACAAGUCAUUCAGAGGAUGCAAAAUCUUGUUGAUACGCCGAUCUCAAAUAUUGAAACAAAUUUGCCUUUCAAAAAGCUUCGUGAAAAUAAAGCUGAAGUUUCUUCAGCGAAGGCAGCUACAAAUCAUACCUCCGCAUGCACAAGUAUUAACUUAGUUAGCGAUAAUAAAAUUGUGGAAUAUAGUGAUAUUCAUAAAAGAAAUAAUUCCCUUAUUAAAGAUGAAAGCAAUCAAUGUCGAAAAAGAAAAAGGAAAUGAUAUUUAAUUCUUUUGGCUAAUUCUUUUUCAUCAAAUUCUAGGGAUAAAAAAGAGAUAGAAGGUGAUUGGCAAAAGCCAUGCAGUAGUGGGGUCGAUAACAAGCAAGAAAUUUCUGAAGAUAUUUCUAUAACAAUCAAUGAUUUAUUUGGUGAGGAUAGGAAAAGAAAGCGCACUUCAAAAGAAUCGAGUAGAAAUUCAGAAGAAGCUACUAAAAUGCAAAACAAAAAUAAAGAAUGGACAAAAGCUGAUGGCGAAAGUCCAGAUUCUGGUGUACAAGUUGAUGAAACCACAGACAGUGAUCGGGAACAGAAUCAGAUCUCAACGGCGAAUCUUAUAAAAGAAAUAACACUUAUUUCACCAUUAUUAUCACCUCCAAGGCAGCCCUCAACGCAUUUACCGCAUUUAACUUAUAAAGAUGGUUUACCGUCGCUUACAUGCAUUCUAGAUUUAUCACCUCUAGAGCCAAUGCAGCGUAGUCUUUAUAUGGAGAAAAUAAGGCUGAAUACCGUUGCACCACCUCGACCCCCUUUAUCACCUCCAUCGCGGCCUUCUUUCAAUGGCCAUAUUUCUUCUCCAAAAAUCUCAGAUAUGAAUAAAUCGCCAAAAAUCACGAAAGGAUUUAAAAUUAAUGGAUCAUCUUUGCCUAAAAAUAAUAAAGAUAAAAGUAAGAGUAAACCGGGGAUUAAACGAAAAGAUAUAUCCGAUGCAAAGCAAAAAAAUAUGGAAAUUUCAAAACGCACUGAAUCGCCUCCCUUGAUUCAAAAAGUUAUCAUAAAAAAGGAACCAGUUGUGCGAAUUAUUACACCAAUAACAAAUUAUAAAGAUUCUGAGAAAAAUGGGAAAAUUAUUAAUAUUUUGAAGGAUAUCAAAGAUGAACGUUCUGGGUCUUCUGUAUCGAAUCAUAAAGAGAGCGAAAAGGAUAAGGGGAAAGAAUUGAAAUUGGUCAAUGAACAAUUAUCUAGUGCUACAAAUGAAAAAAGUGAGCAAAAAGAUAAAUUGAAAGCGAAGGAUUAUUGUAAAGCAAAGGAAAAGGAUGCAAAUAAACGAGAUAAUGAUAAACAAAAGCAAGGAAAUCUACCAAUAAGCAAAACAGUUAAUGAUUUGUCAGAUUCUGUCGUCAAUAGUAAUUCGUUAAAGGAAAAAGAUGGGAAACGGAAUGAAAAAUUGAAAGAAUCGAAUCAGAUGCGUGAAUCGAGCAUUGCCGAUAAAUCAUAUAAUUACAACGUUAUAAAGGAAAUGAAAGAAAAGGAAAAGUCAAGGAACAAAGAUGAAAUUUCGAAAGAAAAUAGAAAAGAUCUAAGUGUUACUGAUAAAAAUGAUUCACUGAGGAAGAAUCGUCAAAAUCAUGAAAGCGAUUCAUGUUGUGCUCAACGUACCGCUCCUGCAAUGAAGUUUGCAUUUAUUAAAAAUGAAGAUGGGUCUUUUAAAAGCCCAACUUUUUACCAGUCUGAUGUGGCUCGUCCAUUAAAGCAUCAAGCUGAUAAAGAAGCGAAUGAAGAUAAGGUUAAACGUACAAUAUUAUAUCUGGAAUCAGUAGCAUAUUUUAUUCUUUCUAUUGCUGUUAAAAACCUCAAAUCUUAUAAAGAUACUAGUAUCUUAUCUCAGCAAUAUAACAGUUUACGGGAAACAGCUGAAUUACUUAAAACUUCAACAAAUCGUUUUACACAAAUCGCAAACCAUCCACCGGCAGUUUUGCACUUUGUUAGUCGAGUAAAAUUAUUAUCGAAUCGUACUCAAGCAGUUUUAAAUUAUCAUCUCUUCUAUUUAAGGAGUCAGCAAGCUAUAAAAAAUUAUGGAAUAUUGGCUAAUUUCGAGCCACGUAGUUUGGAACUGGAAAAGGCUGCCAUUAAGGGUGAAAAUAUUUCUAAUGGAUCGCAGAGUUCUCGGUCAGCUGCGACUCCUUCUCCAGCAUCGUCUACACACAGUGUUGGCAGUGAGCGGCAGAAAGAAAUUACUGUUCCACUGAACGUUUAUCAAACUCAGAGAUCUCAAUUGAAGAUUCUUCAUCAUUUGUUAUGGGCUUAUCGGAUAUGGUCUGAAACUGAUGCUUCAAUGUCGAAAUUAGAAAAGGAUAUGGUUACACAUCUUGAUGAAUUAUGCGGCCGAUUGAUGAUUGAAUCAGAUUUAUUUAUUUUAAGCGAGUAUUUGGCGACGGGGGCAUCAUGGCUUUCAGCUGAGUACGAAAUGGAGAAGUUGUUUCUUGAAAAAAAUUAG